GGUAUAAGUGGUAGUUAUAAGUGGUAUAAGUGCGUUUUGCAAUACCUACACAGUACAUCUCACUCCUUAUGAGAUACACAGUAUGCUGGUGUAAGUUGAUAAGGUCUACCUAACUGUCUGACUGACAGGUUCCGCCAACGUGGUGCUUCGAUGCCAAGCAACCAAGGAAUGCUCUGGACCAGGUUAGGCUACUCGUUUACACGGCUGUGCUACGUUACAACGUCUGCGCAAUCCUCCUUUGGAAAUUUGAAGGAUGUGCCUAUAUGGGGAAAUUAGUCGCCAACGUCCCUUGCACACGAGACCCUUUAUCUUGGAAAAUAAAUAAACAAAUACCGGCUUCUCCCACGAUGAGGUUCACCUUCAUGUUCCUCCAACUUCUUCAGCUACGACCUUGUCUUCCUCUCUACGUCUAAAUCGACACUUCUAAAAUUAAAACUUGUCGCAAUGAGUCGUUCGUUCAGCAUGAAGUUGUGCGUAGGGUCCCUGCUUACGGUAGUCAGUACCGUGUGCGCCAGCGUGCCAUCUCUAGAGGCACCGGCGUGUUCCGUUGGGAAGGGCACUGUUCAAUACGAUAAGUCUGUGCCUGAUAAGGCCAGCUUCCCCAAGACCCAGGUCGAUAUCUGCUACGACGAUACUUCAAUCCACGCAACUUUCACCGCAUUCGAGGAGAUAAACUAUUAUUUCAACGAAAGCCAGACAACUAAUGACGCCAUCUGGGCGUACGAAGUGAUGGAAUGGUUCAUCUAUCACGGGACCAACGACCCCCAGACUUACCUGGAGUUCGAAGUUAGCCCGAACAAUGUCACUUUCCAGGCCUGGAUCUACAACAGAUCCAAGGUGCGCGCGACCGGUGCUCCGAUGGAUACAUCUUUCUUAACCCAGCCGCUGGUCGACGGCCUGACAGCAGAAACGACGCUGGACAAGGAGGCGCAAACCUGGGUUUCAGCAGCCAAGAUCCCUCUCGGACUCUUCAACGUUGACGACGGACAGGCCAAGGGAACAUCGUGGAGGAUGAACUUCUUUCGCACUGUCGUAUCGCCAGACACGUUCCCAGACCAGUUACUUGGCGCGUGGAGUCCGACUAACGAGUCCAACUUCCACAUGACGCCGUUCUUCGGUCACGUCGAAUUUAUUUAAUAUAACUAUUACUUAGUUUAGGUACUUAGUUAUAACUAUUGCUUGGUGAUUACCACCAGGGACCACGCUCAAGUCAGAUAAUAAAAAUAUCAAGUUCA